AUGACGAACUUAAGAUUCAUUUCAGCAGUGAUGCUAGCGGCCUUGAGUACUUUGAUAGUGGCCGCACCAGUCGAAAGCACCGAGAAGCGGGCUAUCUCUUCCAUAGUCAAAGGCACACCAAUUGGCAUGGCUUCUGCCGUCACGGGUGGCGGUAGUGCAGCAGUUGUGUAUCCGACCACCAUCGCGCAGCUAAAGGCCUACCUCACCUCAGACGACCCCCAGAAUAUCGUCAUCUCCGGAACUUUCAAUUUUGUCGGAUCAGAGGGCACAACUCCAUUGACAGCUUGUGAUACCUAUCCAUGCACGACCUCGAAUGGAGGACAGGCGCUACUUAACACCCUCGGUGGAUGCGGCUCGAACCCAACAUACAGCGUGUCUGUCGAUACUGCUGGUUAUCAAGGUAUCAAUGUCAAGUCACAGAAGACACUUGUCGGUAAGAACGGCGCGACGCUGAACGGCAAAGGCUUGCGUUUUGUUGGCGUCUCGAACAUCAUCAUCCAGAACAUCGCCAUCACCAAUCUUAACCCCAAGUACGUCUGGGGUGGCGAUGCGCUGACUUUCAGUGAUACUAACAAUAUAUGGAUUGAUCAUGUCACUACAUCCAGUCUCGGCCGUCAGCACUACAGCUUCGGCACCGGUGCCAACAACGCAGUUACAAUCUCUAACAGCUUUAUCAAUGGCAAGACGGAACACUCCGCUUCGUGCGACGGACACUCAUACUGGGGUUUGGAGCUGGUAGGGUCAGGGGAUCAAAUUACAUUCUACAAAAACUACGUCUAUAACACUUCUGGUCGCACCCCUGCACUUUCUGGGAACACACUUUUCCACGCCGUGAACAAUGUCUGGUCUUCAAACUCCGGUCACUUACUCGAAGGAGACAAGAAUGGCAUGGGUCUGUACGAGGGUAACUACUUCACAAGCGUCCCGACGGUGGUGCAAUCAGGCUCUUCGAUUCGUCUAUUCUCCUCGAACCCUGCUGAUGUGUCCAAAUGCGCGACGUAUCUUGGUCGUAACUGUGUCUCAAAUAGUCUGUCUAGCUCGGGUGCCUUCAGCUACUCAGACACGAGCUUCCUUUAUCUCUUCCAAGGAAAGACCAGCAUUGCCUCGGCAGCUGCAGUUUCAUCGAUACAGAACACUGUCCCUACCUCGGCAGGAAACACUUUGUGA